CCAAAAGCCCGCUUCCAUUUUAAUUGAAUCGUGAAAUGAAGGCUCCCGUUUUCAAUUUUGUUUGUUUUCAACUCCUCUUUAUAAAUACGUAGUCACGCCAAGUAUUACGGGUGCCAUUGCUUUUCACUCCCUGCUUUACUCAAUCAAAUUCGAUUUCAAAAAGGAAAGUUAAAACCCUAACCCUAACCCAGUGCUGCUCGUCGCCGUUUGAGUGUUUGGCCAUGAAAGGAGGAAAUUCGAAGGCUGAUUCGAAGAAAGCCGACAGCAGGUUGGCUGUGAAGAAACAAACAAAGAAAGAGAAGAAAGCAGCAAAGGAUCCAAACAAGCCAAAGAGGGCUCCAAGUGCUUUCUUUGUUUUCUUGGAAGGAUUUAGGCAGCAAUACAAGGAAAAACACCCUACCAACAAAUCUGUUUCUGCUGUUGGUAAAGCUGCUGGUGAGAAGUGGAAAUCUAUGAGUGAUGAGGAGAAAGCUCCCUUUGUGGCAAAGGCUGAGAAGAAGAAGGAAGAAUAUGAAAGGAAGAUGGAAGCCUACAACAAAAAAUUGGCUGGAGGUGGCGAUGAUGAUGAAUCUGACAAAUCAAAGUCGGAGGUUCAUGAUGAGGAUGAUGCCAGUGGAGAGGAGGAAGAAGAUGAUGAUUAGGAGCUGUCAAGAAAGUCAAGAUCCCCUCAUCAGGAUUUUGAUGUGUUGCAGACUUAUAAAGUUGAUUUCCUGACUUUUACUUUGUUGGUAUAUGUUGUUGACAUGGAUAUGACUUCACCUUGCCUAGUUUGUCUACAGACAUGAAUUAGUAGUUUCACAGCUUGGGAUUAACGUUGUUGCUUUUGUUUAACUUCUUAGACCAUGGAAGUUUAUGAUGUAGUACCUAAUGAAAGGCUUUUUAUUUCUGAAGCUGCGGUGCUAGUUUUUAUUGUUUUUUAGUUCAUAUC